AUGCCAGUAUCCUCUGUGACAGAAGAGCAUGGGCAUCAAAGUCUGAUCGCCGACAUCACGCCAGAUAUCUUAAUGCGGCAGCCUGUUCCAAUAGAUACUACCCAAGAGGUCCAGGGCUAUGCAACAGGCCUAGAAACCCGACGUCUGCUCUCGCCCACCAAUAUCGACGAUUUCAACGAGAUCUGGUCCCACUCUUUUCCCGCCGAUGAACUAGCAGGCGCAGGGAAUGAUCCAAUCACUCCACCUUUCGCACCACCCAAUGAAGCCCUCAGGAAACUAGCUGAUCUCCAAGCAAAUAUUCUUGCCGAUCUUGAGGCUGUAAAGUAUUGCAGGACGGCUGAUAAGUGUCCUGAAGCGAUCAAUGCUACCAAUUCGAUCACUGGGCAGAACGUCCUGGUUGGUCGUAUGCUAGAUCAUUCAACAGCUCUCGCCGACAUUUUGAAUCACUUCCAGCCGAGCGGUACAAAUAGCGAAGUCCAUGAACUCUCAUGCGAUAUGCCUAUCACUGUCACACUCGUUUCAUGCUAUGUGUCCCUCGUGCGUAUUUAUCGAACCAUCUUUUCAUGUAUCUUGGACUCUCUGCCGUUCUUACUGGGUAUCCAGCACCCAACUCCUCAACUGUUUCCAGGCAUGCACCUCGGUGGCUUCAGACUUGAAGCCCGGGUCGAUCUUCAAGUGCAGAUCUUGGUGAAAAUUAGUGAAGACAUGCUGAAGAGUAUCGAGAGUAGGUUCGGUCUCCCUGGCGAUGUCUUUAUAGCUGGAGAGAACACAUCCAGGGCUGGAAAGGCUGCCCGGCUGCUACGAAUGAUGCUGGAAGAGGAAGCCAGUGAACAGCCUGAACUGUAUGAGCCACGAGGAUACUGCAAACCAAUGAAAGACCUUCUUGUCAGUCUUCGCAAUUCCGAUCGAGGAUGCUUUUCUCGUUGA